AUCCUUCCUUAAUCUGAUAACACAUUCUGUGACUUGCACCUUUCUCUGAUCCACUCUUCCGUUCCUUUGCCACUGCUCAGACUCUCCUUGCCCAUCCUCCUUGUCCAUCAUUCUCCUUCAGGACGAUUUGAGCCGGCAGUCAGAGAAAACUCCUUGAAGAUGUGAGACAGAAACCGCACAGGAAGUCUCCAUCUCUGCAGUCUGCUUCCAGACAGGCAGAAAGCCUGAUCCAUUCCCAUUCAUCAUUCAUGCUGGAAGGAACUCAAGCUGACAAUUCUUCUUCCUAUGCUUUGACAUUCUUUGUUCUAGUGAAACAGAUUUAGUCACCUGUGAUUUUGUAUUUCAUUAUCAGCUGUUAUGUUAUAUUUGUUUGUAAUUUGCAAUAAAUUAAUGAUUUGGUCUGUUAUGUGGUCCAAACUUUAACGUUUUUUGGUUUGGGUUAAAAGUUUUUUCAUUUUUGGUUGUGUUAGCAUGUGUUUUUUUUUUGAAUGACUGUUGUGGAUAUUUAAAAAAUAUAUAUUUAUGGUUCAGGAGUAAACACUGUAAGAAAUAAGCAGAGGGAAAGGUUAACAGGGAGGCAUUUUUCCAGGUGAACUUGUCAAGCUUCAUCAAAGAAAUGUGAGGGAUGAUGAGGACAAACGAAGUUCUGUCACUUCUGCUGUUCAACACCAUCGACAAUUCUCCACAUUUUACAGACGCUGGUCAGAUCUGUGUGUGUGUGAGUCGGAGGCGCCGCCAUGAAGGAGGAGGAGGGCUGCUUAGCGAGGACGCCACUUUCUGGUGAAAAGGUCAAGACUCAGAUUUGAAAGGUUUGUAUUGUAAUGCUACAGUGGAUGAGAUUGGAACCUGCUGGCCGCGCAGCAGCACCGGCAGGAUCGUGGAGCGACCCUGCCCUGCCUACAUCAACGGGGUGAAGUACAACGCAACCAGGAGUGCUUACAGGGAGUGCAUGGAUAAUGGAACGUGGGCUUUGAAGAUCAAUUACUCUAAUUGUGAGCCCAUUUUAGAAGAGAAGAGGAAAUACCCCAUGCAUUAUAAGAUAGCUCUGAUCAUCAACUACCUGGGCCACUGUAUCUCUGUGGGGGCUCUGGUCGUGGCCUUCGUUCUCUUCUUGUGCUUAAGGAGCAUCCGGUGUCUGCGCAACAUCAUCCACUGGAACUUGAUCACCACCUUCAUCCUGAGGAACGUCAUGUGGUUUCUGCUUCAGCUGAUUGACCACAACAUCCACGAGAGCAACGAGCCGUGGUGUCGACUGAUCACGACCAUAUACAACUACUUUGUGGUGACCAACUUCUUCUGGAUGUUCGUCGAAGGAUGCUACCUUCACACCGCCAUUGUCAUGACUUAUUCCACGGAUAAGCUGAGGAAGUGGGUGUUCCUCUUCAUCGGAUGGUGUAUUCCGUGUCCUAUAAUCGUCACUUGGGCCAUUGGAAAGCUUUAUUUUGAAAAUGAAAAAUGUUGGUUUGGGAAAGAACCUGGAAAAUAUAUGGACUACAUUUACCAGGGACCAGUGAUUCUCGUCCUCCUGAUAAACUUUGUUUUCCUCUUCAACAUUGUACGGAUUCUUAUGACCAAGCUAAGAGCGUCAACCACAUCGGAAACCAUUCAGUACAGAAAAGCUGUGAAAGCCACACUUGUCCUGCUGCCUCUGCUGGGCAUCACCUACAUGCUGUUCUUUGUGAAUCCGGGGGAGGACGACAUCUCACAAAUCGUUUUCAUCUACUUUAACUCCUUUUUACAGUCCUUUCAGGGAUUCUUUGUGUCUGUCUUUUACUGUUUCCUAAAUGGAGAGGUGCGCUCCGCCGUCAGGAAACGUUGGCACCGCUGGCAGGACAACCACGCCCUGCGAGUGCGGGUGGCGCGAGCCAUGUCCAUCCCCACAUCUCCGACCAGGAUCAGCUUCCACAGCAUCAAGCAGACCACAGCGGUGUGAUCAUGCAGACUUCAUCUUUCUCCUGCAUGGACAGAACAGAAACAGUGUUUACAAAAAAUUCCUUUACUGCAA